CAUUUUUCUAACGUCUACACUUUCUUGAUUUCAUCCUUCACGAUGAUUUUGGACUUCGUCCGGGACCACCCGAUCCUCUGUUUGCUCGCUGCCGGCUGCACUGCCUCGCUGGGGUACGUCUGGAUGACCAGAGAGCGCCCGCCUGCACCUGCACCAACCCCACCACCAACCCCACCACCAUCACCCGCCUCAACACCGAGCCCCUCAGUCAGCUCCUCGUCUAGCGACAGCCAAAUCUUCUACCCUGCGGAGGAGGAGCUGGACGUGCAGGUGCAGGGCCCCAGCGGGGACCAUUAAGACACACAAGCUACAGAGACCCAAACACCCACGACCAUCUAGGGUAACAGUGCAGCCGGACAGUAAGGAGGAGUGAACAAACAGGCUAAGGAAAAAGUGGCAAAGAAGAAAAGGAAGGGCCAUGCCCAAAAGGCGCAGAACACAAGCAAAGAAGAAAAGGAAGGGGCCAUGCCCAAAAGGCGCAAAACGCGCAAAGAAGAAAAGAAAGGGGGCCAUGCCCAAAAGGCGUAAAGAAGAAAAGAAAGGGGCCAUGCCCAAAAGGCGCAAAACAUGCGCAAAGAAGAAAAUAUAAAGGGGCCAUGCCCAAAAGGCGCAGAACACGAGCAAAGAACAAAGGAAAGGGACAGAAAACCCCGGGCCGAAACACACUAAGAACAAAUAAAUCGCAUCCUAGGCUAGGGGAUCAUGUACAAAAGGCGCACAACAUGCACAAAGAAGAAAAAAGAAAAGAAAGGGGCAACAACAAGAAACUUAAAAAAACUCAGGUCCAAACACAGGAAGAAAGUAUAAAUAAGACAAAAUCUCUGGCAAAGAAUCAUGCUCAAAAUCCCAAGAAGGAUGAGCGAAGGAGUCAAAAGACAAGAAAGGGGCAGCAACAAAAUCUUCGGGCGUAACACACAAAGAAAUAAGACUAAAUCUCAGGCGAAAGUAUCGUGCUAAAGUCAGAAGGAUGAGCAAAGAAGUUAAAAGCAAAGAACAGGGCAGCAACAAGUAACUAACCUAUAAAGCAAACAAGAUCAAUAAUUGA